GACACCCAGGGGAGCCGGGGAAGAGAGGGGACCCUGGGGACAGAGGUCUGCCGGGCCCUCGAGGUCCGAGGGGAAACAUGGGGCCCAUGGGACCAGAACCGGACCUGAAGCACAUGAAGAGGGGCCGCAGGGGGCCUGUGGGCUCCACUGGGGCGACAGGAACAGAUGGACUCAAGGGAGAUCGAGGAACUCCAGGUCCCAGAGGUCCACCAGGCCCCCCCGGCUCCUUCGACUUCCUCCUGCUGAUGAUGGCCGACAUCCGUAACGACAUCAUCGAGCUGCAGGAGAAGGUGUUCGGGGAGCGGAAGGGCAUCGCUCCUGAUAACCCAACACACUCCGGCGGGGAAAUGGACUUUGUGGAGUGGGGCUCCGGACAAGGAGACCUCCUGCUGAGCACCUGAACCCAGACAUGAGAAACAAAGACUCUUUGGGAGGGAGACAUGGUUUCUCUCUGAACUCUGACACAGACAGUGCAACUGAGAAGAAGAAGUGACUCUCUGAACCACUCCUUUUGUUACCUUCUCUAAAGCCGGUAUCUCGGCACCGAAACCGUAGUUUCGAAUACACACCGGUGAGUUCUGACUUGGCUCGUUGUCAGCCGGUAACCAGCUGCCCAGACACUUUGAGGGGAAAAAGAUGAACGGGACGUUCGGGUGCCGUGGGAAGAACCUCCGUUUAUCAACGUCCUUCACAGUUAAACUGCCACUGCAUUAAAUUCAACUAAGCACGGACACUUUUCCUUUCCUCACCACUUUCUCUAUCCUUUCGUCUCUCUCUUCAUACGUCCUCACUUCGCCUUGGCCAUCACUUUUCAUACACACACAGACUCCAAAGCCCACAACCCCUUGCGGCUGCUACUCAACACUUUAAUUUGAGAGUGAGGGGAGUGUGUGAAGGGAGUGUGUGAGGAUUGAGGGGAGUGUGUGUGCAGGACACAGAGCGAGGAAGAUGUGUCUUUUUGUCUGAACCACUUCAAACUAUGAACUUUAUCGUCUGCACCCCUUCCUCUUCCUGAGUCUGCAGCCAAUGGGAGCUCUGCUGCAGAAGCCUGAGCUCUGCAGCUUCCCUGAGGCGUCUUCAGGAGCUCAUUCAGGAGAUGUAUGAGUAUUUAAAUCCCAAUCCUGUUCGACAAACUCAGAAAAACUCAGAAAUGCUUGAAGUAUUUUUUUGUAUAACUCGAGUCCAAGUAUCAUAAAACAUUUAGCACAAAGUGUGUUCAUAUAUUUAAUUAAAGAGAGAAUGUAAAUAUGUAAGACUUCCAAUAUUUUAGACAUUUCAAAGAGUAGAAGCUGCUUCUCAAUCAGAGGAAAUAUGAAAUGUGCACCCUUCCAACCAAAACACAGGCGUGGUGAGCGCGAAUAUAUUCUGAAUUAUGGCCUGAAGGAAACCGAUUCAGAGUGAAGAGGGUUCCACAUGUCGUACUGUGAAGCACUCAGGGCUGACCCACUGCUCAAUAAAGGUUUUUCUGAAUCUAAAUGUAAACUGUAUACAUGUUGAUGUUUUAUCAGUGGUUCGUCCAAUAGCAAAGA